GUUUCAAAGUUAUAACUGUAUAUUCUACUCCCGCCUUUUGAAGUUAGAGUUUUGGAAUCAGCAAUUAGGUGCUGAUAAACCCUAGUUCGUUUCACACUGAGCAGAGUUCAAUUUGCAGAGGAAAAUUUUUAUAAAAAAGGAUGGCAAGUGGUGCUGAAAAUUUCUCCCAAUUUGGAAUUUCAAAGGAGGAAAAGGAUAAGCUUGUUGGAGAGGUAAUACGCUAUAUGCUUUUUAAAACACAUCAAAACUCUGGGUGUCCAAUUAAGAGAGAAGAACUAACUCAGCUGGUUACAAGUAACUAUCAUCAGCGUAACCUUCCUACUUUUGUGAUCAAUGAGGCUAAAGAAAAGCUUUCAAGCGUAUUUGGGUAUGAAAUGAGAGAGCUUCAGAGGUCCCUCCCAUCAUCCAAAACUCAGGCACGGUUAUCCCAACAAAUUGUUGCAGAUUCAAAAUCGUAUGUUCUCAUAAGUCAACUUCCUCCUGAUGUAUAUGAAAAAUAUGUUGUAGACGUGAAUGCUGCCCACAUGUCUGGAUUCACUUUUGCUCUAAUUAGUAUUGUAUAUUUAGCUGGUGGCAAAAUUGCAGAAGAAAAUCUGUGGAGCCAAAUGAGGAGGAUGGGUUUGUCAGAAAAUGAAGUAAGUCAUCCCGACCUUGGAAACAUUAAGCAAGCAUUGGAACUUCUUGUUCAGCAAAGGUAUUUACAGAAGGAUAAAGUUAAUGGUCCUGAAGGCAAUACUUUAUAUUAUGAGCUUGCUGAGAGAGCUUUAGACGGACUCAUCAGAGACAGGAUUAAGGAAUAUAUAUCUCAGAUUGUGAAGACGGACGGUAUUUCACUUGGUGCUGCCUAAGAGUAGUUGGCUGUUCUGUCUCUCAAUUGACAUAUAAUUUUCCGAUGAAAAGGAGAGAAGUCGAGACAUACUUAAUGGUUCCAAUUGACUACUGAAUUUAAGCCCUAAGCUCUGCAGCAAUCUAAAUCUACAGUUUCUCUUCAGCAAAUUUGCUGCCUGGAUGUAUGAAUGCAAGUAAUAUGUUUUACAUGCUAUGCAUUUUUUUCUUCUUCUCUGGACUAAAGGAAAAUUAGCCACAGCAGAAAGUACUUGACACAACAUGGUGGAGGUAGGGGUGUCUCCAGUUCGGUUCUGUUCAAUUUUCAAAACCAAACCAGAAAACUGGUUCAAUUCUGACAAACUGAAUCGAUUUUAAAAAUUGGUUUGGUUCUUGAACCGAUUCAUAAAAAUAUAUGUAGUUAUUUUUUUUGGCUCUUGAGAAUGGAUAUGGUUUGAUUUUUGGGAAAAAUGUGUAUCAUUUUAAAGGAUGUAAAGUUGUGUCAUUUUGAGAGAGAGAAAGAGAUAGAUAAAAAUGGAA